CUAUUUUUCUAUGUGGCGCUCCCUAUUCCGGAGGAUCCCAUAAAGUGCUCUUCAAAUAACACAAGCUGCACUAUCACAAACUCCUAUGGCAUCUUCCCUGAUCGAACCAUAUGUCAAGCAGCACAAGUGUUGUACCCUACAACAGAAGAAGAGCUUGUGAAAGUGGUUGCAUAUGCAAAUCAAAACAAAAGGAAGAUGAAAGUUGCCACCCGUUUCUCCCACAGCAUCCCCAAGUUGGUCUGCCCUGAAGGCCAAAAUGGGUUGUUAAUAAGCACCAAAUAUCUGAACAAGAUAUUGAAAAUUGACGUGGAAGCAAUGACAAUAACGGUGGAGAGUGGUGUUACAUUGAAGCAGCUCAUCAAUGAAGCUGCAAAGGCCAAUUUGGUAUUGCCAUAUGGGCCAUAUUGGUGGGGCUUGACAAUUGGGGGCCUUAUGGGAACAGGUGCUCAUGGAAGCACAUUGUGGGGUAAAGGAAGUUCAGUUCAUGAUCAUGUCGUGGAGCUUAGAAUUGUUACGCCCGCAGGCCCUGAAGAUGGAUAUGCUAAGAUUCUGAGCUUAACUGAAGAAGAUGAAGAUCUCAAUGCAGCAAAAGUAUCACUCGGCGUGCUCGGAGUGAUUUCACAGAUUACUCUGAAACUGGAACCUCUUUUCAAGCGAUCCAUUACCUAUUUGACAAAAAGCGAUUUGGAUUUGGGAGGUCAAGCAGCUGUAUUCGGACAGCAACAUGAGUUUGCAGAUAUAAUUUGGUACCCAAGGCAACGCAAGGCUGUAUACCGUGUUGAUGAUCGUGUACCAACCAAUACAUCAGGCAGUGGUAUCUAUGAUUUCAUCCCUUUCCGUUCCACUCCUUCACUUGAAUUGGCAUUCAUCAGAAGCACAGAGGAUUUUCAGGAAUCCAUUGGUGAUGCUAACGGAAAGUGCUUACUUGCAAAGGGAGUAAUGCAUGCCCUUGUAGCAACUGCUUAUGGACUAACUAACAAUGGUACAAUCUUCAGUGGAUUCCCUGUUAUUGGAUUUCAAAACCACCUUCAGUCAUUUGGGUCAUGCCUAGAUGGACUUAAGGAUGCAAUGCUCACAUCCUGUCCUUGGGACUUUAGGGUGAAAGGAGAGUUCUUUCACCAAACCACAUUUACCAUUGGCUUGUCUGUUGUAAAGAAUUUUAUUGAAGAUGUGCAAAAGCUAGUUGAAUUGGAACCAGAGGGAUUUUGUGGCGUAGAGAUCUACAACGGAAUUCUAAUGCGUUAUGUCAAGGCUUCAAGUGCCUACUUGGGGAAACAAGAGGAUGCUAUAGACUUUGAUAUCACAUACUACCGUAGCAAAGACCCGAUGACUCCAAGGCUUUAUGAAGACAUCAUUGAAGAGGUUGAGCAGUUGGGAAUUUUCAAAUACGGAGGUCUACCCCAUUGGGGUAAGAACAGGAACUUGGCAUUUGAAGGAGUAAUCAAGAAGUACAAAAAUGCUGGGAAAUUUAUUAAGGUUAAAGAUGCGUAUGAUUCACAAGGUCUAUUCUCUAGUGAGUGGACAGACCAAGUUCUUGGUUUAAAAGAAGGGUUAACAAUAUCAAAGGAUGGGUGUGCACUAGAAGGGCUGUGCAUAUGUUCGCAGGACAACCAUUGUGCACCAAGCAAAGGCUACUUUUGCAGACCAGGCAAAGUCUAUAAGGAAGCAAGGGUUUGUACUCGCUUAUGA